AUGCUUACAAGACAAAGAUUGAAACAUUUGAUUCAACUCUUCAAUUCAAGCGGUCACUGUUGCAACAACUUCAAUUCUUCCUAUCUACUCUCCAACUCUUACAUUUCGUUUCAACGCCAACACAUUCAUCAACACUCCUCAAAUCCACCAAUGAUUUCGAAUUUAAAAGAUCCUUCCGCCAUUCUCUUCACAGAUCCAAUGAGUGGUAUUCCCCUUGUAUUCAAUCCUUGUUCAAACAAUGAAUCUACCAAUGACAUUAUCAAACAUAAUUUAAAGUUUUUCAGUGACAUGCAAGUGGAUGGUCUUUUUCAAGAAAUGUGUCAAGAAUGGUUAGAGGAAACAGAAGGAUUGGACAAGAAUUAUGAAAAAUUGAAAAACUUUUUGUCAAGCAUUGGAAUUGAACAACAAGUGAUUGAAAGGAACAUUCAAGAAUUACAAAAACGACAAGACAGACAACAAGAAUAUCAUCUCAAAGAGAAUGGUUCUAAUCAUCACUCUUUCAAUGACUUGUUUACUCAAUACAAGGCAUUUCCUUAUAUUCAAAUUGAAUGGAAUGAAUAA